AUGAAUAUGGAUAUUUAUCUCUGGUUUUUGAAAGUUAAGGCUGAAAAUGGUGCACAUGUUUUAUCUGCUGGUAGAGGUGAAAGAAUACAGGCAGUAGCUACUAAAAUCAACCUGUCAAGGAGCAGUGCUGCAAAACUUGCCUGUCAGUAUCGCCACGUGCCUGACACCGAUGGACGAUCACGUAAGGAGAACCCAGAAAAAUCCAGCCGCCAGCUCUUGUCAGACGUCUUCCAAGCUUUAACUUACUCAGACCGCAAGUUCCUUGGCCAAAGAGUUGGAUGGCUUUCUACUGCAUUAGUCAGGAAGGCUGAAGACUCUGAAAUAGAAAGGGGGGAAAAAGAGUCGCCUUUGAAAGAUAAUCUUUCACCAUGGGAAGAAUGGUUCAUUGGCAAAGAGAAGGAACUACGUGCCCGCUUGCAAGCUAGAGCUGCAGAGGAAAUGAACAUACAGCUUGAGAAGAUGAAGCAAAAUCAAGAAUGUGAAAGGAGGAAAAGGAUAGCUGAAGAGAAGCACAAGGAAUGGGUACAAAAAAAAAGAGAAGAGGAAAGAAGGGAAAGGGAACGAAAGCUGAGCAAAGAAAUGGCAGAAAAAGCCACAAAGGAACUAGAAAAAAUGCAGUUACAAGAAAAGGCUAAAAUGAAGUAUAAAGAAUGGUUAAAGAAGAAGAGAGCUGAAGAGGCAGAAAAGAAGAAGAAAGAGAAGGAAAAAGAAGAAGAAAGGGAAGCUGAGCUCCAGGAGAAGAAAGCAAGAUCAGAGAAGAUCUUUAAGGAAUGGCUACAUAAUGCUAGGAAUAAACCACGCCCUGUUUUCACUGGUUAUGGCUUCCCACGUGGGAACUCCACAGGGUGUGCUGAUGGAAAUCUGUAUCCAGCUCCAGCAUAUUGUAACCCCAUUCCUUGGAAACCUGUGCAUGUGCCUCCUCCACAGGGAGACAGUGUUCUUACCGUGCAGAAGAGUAAGAGACCUGUAUCUUGUCAGUCACAUACGUCUUCACCUGUGGUAAUUUAUAAGCCAAAGAACAAUCUUUGUAUUGGAUCCUUGUGUAGAAAGCAGUCAUAG